AUGACUGCAACAGCCAUGGAUCAGGUAGACACCAGGAGAGAGGAGGUUCAUCCAGUUCUCCCACAGGGGUUGUAGAGGUCCAAAUACUUGGGCCAUCGCUGAACGUGUUCGGCACCAAGGAGACCGUCACCAUGAAGUUCAACCCCUUCAUGACCUCGGACCUCAGCAAGAACCGCAAACACCACCUGAGUGCGCCAUCGCAUAUGUGCGGGAAGAUCCUGUCGUCCCCGCUGUCCAAGGAGCUGCGGCAGAAGUACAAUGUCCGCUCCAUGCCCAUCCGCAAGGACGACGAGGUCCAGGUGGUCUGAGCCUACAAAGGUCAGCAGAUUGGCAAGGUGGUGCAGGUGUACAGAAAGAAAUACGUCAUACAGCAAUAA